AAUAGUUAGGUUAGUUUAAAGCACCUUCUUGAAAUCUUUGUUUGUGGAUAUGUAGGGUCGGUAUUGAAUUAUCUUGAGUAAAUGGUGUGUAUUUAUUACAUAAACAAUUGGUUUAUAAAAAUAUGAAUGAGUCAAGGUGUGACCCUGCAGUUAAAGUUGCAAGACUUCAUCAAGCGAUAUUUGGUAAAAAUCCUGCAUCCGGUUUGCAUGUGAGUAGAAAACCUGUUAAGUAUUAUGAAGAAGUUCGAAUUCGCCUCCCAGCUUACAAAAGUUCUAUUUUGUCCAGUAACUCUCCAGAUACCGUAGUUGCGAAUCACGUCAAAGGGAACUUUAGUCAUGCUGAGCUACCCCACUUCAAGGUACAACUGAAAAAGAAUGCUGAUUCAAGCUACGGUAUUUUUAUACGCCGUGGUCUAUUGGUUCACCGUUUCCAUUUAACGAAUGAUGGAUUUAUUUUAGAGAACCGUUCUGAAGUCCUUCUGACAGAUUAUGGCGUGCAGAAUCCUUCCUGUGGGUUACUUCCAGGUGAUUAUCUUGUAGCUGUUGGGGACAAGCCUGUUGGAUCGAUUUCUCGCAAUGAAGUUUUGCAAUUGAUUCGCUCCACUGACCUUUAUCUGUCUUUGACUGUACAGUCUCUUCCUGAAUUUACCGAUUUCUUUUAUCGCCUAGUGCUUACUUCCCAUCCUGGACUUGAGCAUUUAAAAACCGAACAAGAAUAUGUACAAGACAACUUUUACCACAUAACUCCGGUUUCUGUUCGGGGCUACGCUGUUAAGUACGGAGGCUUCAAAAACUUAUAUCUAUAUUUACAAAAGAUAAAACCAGAUACACUUGAGAACUCAUCUUUUGAUGCUGCUCAUACCAUAAAACGUAAACCUAAUAAUAAUAAUAAUAAUGAAUAUGUGCAAUCUGUAUAUGACGAAGAUAAUAAUCAAACAGAUUUUCCAGUUUGGAUCACAUUUAAACAAGGAUAUGUUUCUGGAAAAUUCCUUAGUUCACUACCAAAUGGACGAUGUCGUGUGAUCAUUCUACCAGGACAAGAAGUAAUUGAAGUGAAUCUUGAAGAUGUUGAACGUGCGAAUCCGUCUCGUUUCGAUCGUGUUGAUGAUUUAAUUAAAUUGCGUUAUAUCAAUGAAUCCAGUGUAACACAUUCAUUUAUUCAACGAUAUGGAUCUGGUCUAAUAUUCACUUAUGCUUCAGGCAUCAAUCUAAUCAGUAUUAAUCCAAUGAUGCCUUUGAAUAUUUAUUCAGAUAAAGUGAUGGAUUUAUUUACUAACUGUCAAGUACGCUAUGAUAUGCCACCGCAUGUAUACUCUGUGGCACAAUUAAUUUUGGCUCGUUUAAAACGACGUUUAUUCUACACCAUAGUUACUAUGGAACAACAACAAAAUAAUGUCAAUGGAAACCCAGUGUAUCAUUUACCAUGUUCUUUAAGUCAACAAGUUUUAUGCUUGCUGGGUCGUUCUGGUUCUGGUAAAACACACAUCUCUAAUGAUGUAUUCACUUACAUGAUUUAUCAAUCUGAGAAAUCGAUUAAUCUUUUUAAUCACUCAAAUAAUAAUGGUAAUAACAGCAUCAUAUCGAGUAAAAUCAAUGAAUGUCGUUUACGUGCACUCUUCAAUAUGCUUGAUUCAUUCACCUGUUCACGUAUUAUUCUCAACACUAAUGGAAGUCGAGCAUUACGUCUAUUCUCAUUAGAAUUUGCUAAUAUUCAUUCUUUGCCAAUAGUUAAUCAACCGGAAGAUAUUAGUUUAAUUGUAACAGGUCUGACAACAAGAUUAUUAUUAUUUGAACGUAGUCGUGUCACUGAUCGUCCUGAAGGGGAACCUAAUUUCCAUAUAUUUUACUAUAUGUUAGCCGGUUUGGAUGAAGAGUCAAGACGUGAAUUGUUUCUAACUGAUCUGGAUGUGCCAAACUUGUUUAUGACUCGUUUACACCGUCCUGAAGAUAAAAUAUCAGCUAAAAUUUUUUGGCAACAAUUAUGUCAUGAUGCUGAAUUAUUACAAUUUGAUAUAAAAAAUGAAUGGUUAACAGGAGGAAUAACACGUUUAUUAGCUGUAAUUUAUCAUUUAGGCUGUGCUGGAUAUUGUAAUGAAUUAAAUGAAAAAAAUUUAUUGUAUUUUACAAAUUAUCAAUCAGCUCAAUAUGCUGCUUAUUUACUACAUUGUUCAUUGGAUACUUUAAAUGAACUUAUUUUUUAUCCAGUACUUCGUAAACCAACAACAAAUCACUAUCAUCAUCAUCAUCAUAUUGAGAAUAAUAAUGAUAAUCAAUAUUAUAUAAAAUGGACUGCUAAAAAUUGUUUACAUGCAUUUGUACAAGAUCUUUACAAUAUGAUUAUAGAUAUAUUAAUUAGUUUAAUUAAUCGUUGUUUGUCUACACCGAAAUCAGAUUUAUCUAGUCAACUUAGUGUUGUAGCUCAAUUAAUUCUAGUUGAUCCAGUUGGAUUUCAAAUACCAUAUUCUACAACAUCGAUUAUAUCACCAUCUUCAUCAAUAUCACCACCAACAGCAAAACUAUCAUCGGAAAGUAAUGAGAUGCAUAAAACUGGAAAUUUCACCGAUUUAAUUUUUAAUUAUUCUUAUGAAUGCUUUAAUCAGCUUUAUUUUGAUAGUAAUAUUCUGCUGGAUGAACAACGUUUGAAACAUGAUGGUCUAACUUCACCCAUUCCAUAUGAAAAUUUUUGUCGUACAAAGAAUAUUUUAAAUUUCAUUGACAAUACUACAUUGUCUGAGACUCCAAAUUCUUUUCCAGUUAAAAAUCUAACUACAACUAAUAAUGAUGUAUGUAAUAAUACAAUGUUCCCUGGUUUAUUUUGCCUGUUGGAAUCAGUUGCUCAAAACGGUGAAUUUUCUCAUUUAUAUGACACACUCAGUCAAAUGUAUCAAACACAGCGAAAAUUAUAUGAAAAUCGAGAUUUACGAAGUAUUCGUCGAUUCAAACGUAAUGGAUCAUCGUUUGUAUUAAAUCAUAAUUUAUCUACUACUCCAAUUGAAUAUGCACCGAAUUGGAGUUGGUUCGCACCUUAUCAUCGAUCAUCAGCUAGUCUUAAAAAACUUAUAAAUUUCUUAGAACAAUCUUCAGUUAAAUCCUUACGUAACCUUGUCAGUGUGUUAAAUUAUAAAGAAGAUUAUUUAAGUUCUUUUCUACCAAAUAGUUCAAGUCAUAUUGGUGUUUAUUCUGAAGUGAAAUCUAUAAUGGAUACAUUAACACGUUCUUUAUAUGACUGUGCUGCACAUAAUGCUUCAUAUAAUCCAAAUGAUCCUGGAUCCGGUUUUAAUGACGGUGGUCCACCAAGUGGUAUGCAUUGGAUUCAUUGUUUUUUACCUGUAUCUACAGCUGGUCUAUGUGAAUUAAAUGAAGAAAUACCUCUUAGUCAAUUGAUGCAAACAAAUUAUCCCUCUAAUGAUCGUCUUGUAAAUAACGACAAUCAUACUAAUAAUGAGGACAUUAAUCAUAAUACAUCCAACUCAUAUUUAUCUGAAUUAAUGAAACGUUAUCCAAAUAAAAAUUUAGUAUUUAGUCCAGCACGUAUAUGUGUCAAUCUAAUACGUGCACAAAUUCGUGGUAUUGAAUUAAUUAAUACUCUACAAGCGGUUAAACAAAGUUAUCCGGAUAGAUUAUCUCUGAAAGAAUUUUGUAAUCGAUUUGUUUCAUUACUACCAAAUAGUUCGAAAAUAAGAGAAUUAAAACAGAAUGAAUCAUCGAAUAAAGCCAUUGUUCAUGAAAUUCUGAAUUCACUUCAUUAUUCACCAGAAACAUUUCAACUUGGUAGUAAUAAUAUAUAUCUUCGAACUUUUAUCAUUCCACAACUUAUUCAUCGACUAUCUUAUUCUCCUGAACUAUCCAUUGACCAAGAAUUGAUCCAUGUUCAACCCGAUUGUAAAUCAUUUAUUAUUGACUGUUGCAAUGAACAACAAGUUGUGAUAAAAGAAGAUAAAAUCAAUCCUUAUAUUGUACCAAAGUACACAAAUGCUGAGGAACGUGCAUGUGACGUUGAAAUAAAUGAAAAGCAUAUAAACGCUUCCAUAAGUGUGUCAUCAAAUAAAAAUAAUACCAUGUAUAAAGUUGGGUCAGUUUCCACGUUGAAAGUGGAUGAUGAUUCUACAAUUCAAUGUGAAAAAUCUGAAAGUUUGAAAUCAACUAUGAUGAAAUGCGAAGAGUUGGAACCAACACAUAAAGAACAUGUUAAUUCACAAAGCACCACGAUGAUUGAUAAGGAAGUUACAUUAAGCAAACGUGGAAAACGUUCUAUAUCUAUUUCACGAGAUACUGACUCAAAUCAAACAUAUAAAUGCGGUUCUGUCCUAUUGGUUGGUUCAUCGGAAACUAUAAAGCAGAAUCCAGAAGAUAAUAAUGUCGAAACAAAGAAUAAUUCAGUAAUAAUGAAUAAAGAAACUUCCUUGGACAAUCCAACCUCUCACUAUUCUUCAUCACUAAAUAUUUCAACAGGAGUUGAAUCAAAACAUAAUACUCAACCUAUAACAAUUUCAUAUGAUUCUGUAACAAAUGACCUUAAUGUUGAAUUAAAAGAUAUGGGUAAACAAGUGAAGCCUAGGAAAAGCACACUACAUUCAUCAUUCUUUACCGACAAUAAAUCUGAAAAACAAAUUUUAAUUCAAACCAAUCGCUUGACUCCUUCAUUUGAUGCUGCGGAAUCUGAUCAGAAUAAUCAAGAGAAAGAUUUGUUGUCACAUGAGGUUUGUCCAGGUCAACUUCAGUCAAAUUCAUUAUUGAAUGGUAAAACUGGAUGCACUAUUCAGCCUGUAACACCAGAUUUACCGGCUAUUUCACAAUUAACAAUCAAAUUAGAAAAUGAUAGUCAAUUAAAUCAUUCUGAUAAUGAAUUAAUCAAAAUAAAACAUGAAUAUGCUAAAGCAUUAGAACGUAUUAAAGAAUUGGAGGCAAUGUCAAAUGAUUUAAAGUGCAAAUUUUCAGCAUUGACAAUUGAAAAUGCACAUUAUAAACAAAAUUGUGAUCGUGCUAGAAGUGAUUUAGAAUUAGCUGAAGAAAAUCGUAUACAAGCUGAACAACAAACUAAUGUGAUAAGUUUAAAAUUGGAACAAGCUGAGAAAAGACAUCUUCUCCUACUGGAAUCAUUGAAAAAUUCAUCUGGACAAGAUACACAGAACAAUACUACUGCAGAAUAUACAGUUUUAUAUCCAAAUGCUCCAGAACCCCUAUUAACUGAAUUAAAUCAAUUACGUUCGGCUAAUCAGCUAUUAACAUUACAAUUAACGGAUUUACAAAAUACCAUAGCAGAUUUAAAAAAAGACUUGGAAACUGCAUAUGCAAAUCAUCAAAAAGCUGAAAAAACUAUUGAAAAAUUACGCAUUGAUAUAACACGUGUGCAAGAUGAAUAUGAAGCGGAUUAUGAAGCAAAUCGUACAGCAAAUCAAGUCAAAUUACGUCAAUUAGAAGAAACAAUGAGUAUAGUACAAGAAGAAAAUACACGUUUAAAAAGAGAUAAGCAUCAGUUAGAAUUGGAAGUGUCUACAUUGAAUAUAGAAUUAUCAAAUGCUUCUAAUGAUGGUGAUAUCGAAAUUAAGUUAAGAAAAGAAUUGAAAAUAGUUAAAAGUUUACUAGCUGAAAAAGAAGCAUUAAUCAUUGAAUUAUCUUCAAAUCCUAGUGAUUCACAAAGUCAAAUUACAAAACUACGUGAUCGGGUUGAUGAAUUGGACGAAUUAAAUGAAAUACUGAACCGUCAAAAACGUGCUUUACAGAGUGAUUUAGAUGAGACCCAACAACAACUUGCCAGUGCUCUACGCACACAAAAAGAGUUUGAAGAAGAUUUGUCUCGGUCGAAACGUCAAUUUUUAGAUUUACAAAGUCAAUUUACUGAUCAAGAAGAAGCUCAUAAAGAAACACGUGAUAAAUUACAAAAUGCAACAGCUAGUUUAACAAUAAAAGAGGCUACAAUUCAAGCGCAGAUACAAGAAAUUGAUGAAUUUUUAUUCGAGCGGAAAAAAAUGCAAACACAAAUAGACGAGUUGAAAUUGAAAUUGAAUACCAAUAAUAUCGAUCAAGUUCCUCGUAGUGAACUAGAACGUUUAGAAGCGAAAAUUCGUGAAUUAGAACAACGUUUAGAUAUUGAAACUAGUAAUCGAGUACGUAUUCAAUAUUCACUUGAUCGUGCCAAAGAAACAAUCGAUCAGUUGACAAAUGAACGUGAUAAACUAAUAAUUAUUGAAGCUAAUGAACGUGAACAAAAUCGCAAAUUAUCUAGACAACUACGUGAAGCACAACAAGAUGAAAACGAAGCAACUAGACGUGCUACAACAGCUCAACGACGAGCUGAAGAAGCACAAAUGGAUGCUAAUAAAGCAAUGCAUGAAGCAUUAUGUUCACGUGCUGAAAUGAAUGCUUUAUUAAGACGUACACAAGAUUUGGAAGCAUUAAUUAAAUCGAAACAAAAUGAAUCAGAUUAUGAAGAUCUUUUAAAUUGUAAUUCAUCAGGUGAAGAUCUUAUUUUAAAUAAAUUUACAAAAGGAUCACAAGAUUUUCUGCUACGUCCAAAUCCAAAAUAUCGUAAUCGUUUGCUUCGCGGUUCGCAUCAACUUUUAUUAAAUCGUGCAUUUUCCGACGAUAAUCUUCCCUAUUUUCCAAAUCGUUUAUCAGAUCAUCUGAUCACAACUAUUAAAAAUUUCCAAUCAGCUUUUAGUGAAUCAUCACAUCUCAAUUCUUCUAUUGAUAAUAAAAACUUCAAAAAUUCAAAAGAAUAUUCAAUAAAAGAUAAACCGAAUAAUUCUGUAUUAUUAUCACAAACAAGAUCUGCCUCUCCAAUUGUCUCUUUAUCAAAUAAGAAUAGUAAUUUCACUGGGAAUACUUAUUUAUAUACAAACACGUUAAUAUCUUCAGAAGAUAGAUUUUUCAAUUCAUCUAAUUAUACUUCGAUGAAUAGUUUUGAAACAACAAAUGGUUGUGAUCAUAACAUAGACUCGACUAGUAAUAAUAGUAAUAAUAAUAAUGAUAAUAAUAAUAAUGAUAAUAGCAAUGGUCAAAUUUGUAGCAAAUCGAAUGGAUCAUUAAUAUUUUCUUCAAAUAUACGCGUUUUAACGUCGCCAAAAUUUAAACAAUCAGUUACUAUUAAACAUGUUCAAUCUGACAAUAUAAGCAAACCAAGCAUGGAUGUAGUCAGUAUUACAGAUAGUAAAAAUAGUAUUAAUAAUGAUGAUAAACUUCCUUCUAUUCCUUAUAAUAACCGUAGUUCUAUCGAUUCGCAAAAUAACGACGUCAAUGACAAUAUUCCUACUACUACUAUUACCAUUACUAGUAGUGAAAUAACAACACGUAAUGAAUCACCAUCUGCAUCAUUAUCGUCUACUGAAUCAUUUCGUAAUUUAGAUCAUUUACAUAAGACUAACUUAGAAAUUCAUUAUCAUGGUAAAUGAAAUACCAAUCUUUUCAGUUGAAAGGAGGCGGCAAGUGUCUACCUCAUAAAUUAAUUCAGAAAACUCAUCACUAUUCAUAUUAUCUAAAGAGAUAAUUGUAAUAAUAAUCAUAAUUCAAUCAGUAUGUGUUGUGUAUGCCUUAUAUUCUUUUAUUUUUCAGCAGUUUAAUAUGUAUAAAUCCCUUCCUUGGUGUCCAUAAUAAUAAUAUUAAUACUAAUAAUAAUUUCAACUCUUUGUUCAAUUUGAAGCUUGAACUUGUGCUGUACGAGUUUUCUUUUCCAACUGUUAUCAGUGGAUUUAUACACAUUUUUAAUAUUACUAUUUAUGUUACUUAUUGUUUAGUAUAGAUAUCAUUUUCAUAAUAGAACCUAUUCUAUCCUUAUUAUAAGUAAUGCACUAAAACUAUAAACUAGCGUUGAUAAAUAGGUAGACAUCAUUGCUGUUUCCGUCACUACAUUUUGUCCUUUUUUUUUUUAAAAAAAAUUGAUUAUUGCAUCAGUAUUUUCUUUUUGUUUAUUAUGGAAAUAAAAGAUAUGUAAUGCAGU